GUAUUCGAUAAUAUACCCAGCAACUUCCAAGAGCGCCGAUAGGAAAAGUUAGUAUUCCUGGUUAAAUACGACAAAAUGCCCACGAUGCGUCCAUUUUCUUUUGUCCCCUCACUCGUGUGCCCACCGCCAUGAUUCCAACCACCCUAAUGCGCUCUGCUACGGCGGCUGCCCUGACCCUUCCUCUACUCGUCGGCGCGACUCCUACCCCUCUAAUGAAGCGCAACGAUACUACGCAACAAUGGGCGGAUGAGCUGUUACGGGAGUCUAUGAGCUGGUUGGACAUGUACUAUGAUUCCGAAGCCGGGUAUCUGUAUUCUUUGAGCGCGCAGGCCCUCACGCACGAGACGAGAGCUUCAUCUUGGUAUGCAGCGGGACUGCUCGCGAGGAACGAAGGCGACGAUGCCGAGCAAGCGGUAAAGAUUGUAGAAAAUGUUAUUUCGGGGCAGUUUAAGAAUGAGAGUUCGCAAUGGUUUGGAGACUACCAGAAGUACCCUGAGGAGCCGACCGUAGGAACGGAGCAAUACCCGCCUGUUAUUUAUAACUCGUGGGAUCCGAACUGGAGAGGUUUCGUUGGCACGACGUUUGUGCUCAUGCUGGAAGAGUUUCCUGAGUUGAUUCCGCAGGAUACAAAGGAUCGGAUGAUGGAAAGUCUGCAUAAUGCGACUAUCGGCGACAGUUAUCGAGUUGGCGGCGUUGAUGACGACAACUUGUAUCCAGCAUACAGUAAUCCAGCGAUUAUGCGAGCAUUUGUAUCAGGCUGGGUCGGUCGAAGGACAAACGAAGCCAACAUGACUGCUGCCGGAGAAACCUACGCGAACGAAAUCAUUGAUCUUUUCAAUCGAGCAAACACGCUUUCCGAGUUCAAUUCCGGAACUUACGCUGGUGUAUCCUUGUAUGCGCUUACGAUGUGGGCGAAGUACAUGGACGAGAGCUCCGUCAUGGGACAAAACGGAGCUCGAAUGAUUCAGGAAACGUGGUCGUCUUUGGGGUCGCUGUAUAAUGCUAACCUCAAGAACGUAGCUGGACCAUGGGAUCGAAGCUACGGAUUUGACAUGAACCGGUACCUUAGUAUUCUAGCUUUGCAGAUCUGGACAUUGGUUGGUAAAGAGAAGGCUCCCAUCAACGCAAAGCCCUAUGCAAUGGGUCACAAAGACGACUUCGCCAUCGGUCCGCUGAUCGCCAUUCUGGCCCCUUUCCACAACACGCUCAUUUCUCCCGAGGCCUUAUCCUCCCUGCACACCUUCCCCGGAACACAUACCGUCAAUACAUCUGCUUUCUCCCCACCUUUCGAUACCUACCCGCGCAACAUCACCGCCUGGAUUUCUCCCAAUCUCACCAUCGGCGCUGAGUCCUUUUCUGAGAACGUUAUUGGCGGCCCCGCAAAGAACCCUAACAGCUUCAACCCCGCCGUCGCACAGUGGGCGCGCGCUGAUGGAACCGUUGGGUGGCUGACGCUUUACGCGCAAGUGAUGGAAUUACUCGUUAAAGUUGAGGAGAACGUACUUGAGUUGUCAUAUCCGCAAGGAAAUGAUACGAGUACCUUCCAACUCUUGGUUGCUACGAACUCAAAGAACGGAAAGAGGGAUGUGGCGAGCUGGGAGGAUGUAGAGGGUGUGAAAGUGACGGUGGAAGGCAAUGUUGAUACGAAUUAUGAAGUCACGUUCAAUGGUAUGUUUGGUGGUCAGGGGGAUACGAUCAAUGAAUUUGAGUUUUGGAAUUUCACGUACGGCAUGCCACCAGGUAGCCAGGAAGUCCCAUCGAUACGGCUUUACAUUGAGGUCGAAUAAUUAUGUCUACAUUGGUAAUGUAAUCGUGUGAUUGGCGAGCUACAUAGAUAUACAUACCAUGGAAAACCGAAGCACGAAUCUCCAAUCGUAACCGUCCUAAAGAUAAUAACAUCCUCAUCGAUCCAUCAAUCAGCAGGAAAUCACUCAGUAGAUCUCUAUUUAAAGCCACGCUCCCCCUCCCCCCUAACAUAAAUAUACCGCACACUCCAACCCA